CAUAUCACCGAAGAUCUAGUGAGAGAGAUGUCCAAACCUUUAUGGAAUACGAGAAUUCGACUCGGGGAGUUCGACCCACCUCAAUCCGUUAAAUACAAAUCAAUCGGGAUGGAUGUCGUACAGAGUCAAGCUCACAGAGAUCUGGCACUUGAAGCUGCCAUGAAAUCAUUUGUUCUGUUAAAGAACGAUAAUAGUUUCUUACCUCUCGAUAAAAAUCAUAAAUAUGACACUAUUGCUAUUGUUGGACCUCACGGCGACAACAUCCACGACCAGUCCGGUGGCUACUCACCAAAUGUAAUGGGCAAAUAUUCAUCCUCCAUCAAAGAUGGAUUAUCUGCCCUUGCUAAAACAGUUAAUACCGUUAAUGGAUGUAAAGAUGACACUCACUGCAAUCAAUAUGACCAGGGUGGAAUCCAGAACGCCGUUAAAAACGCUGAUGUUGUCUUCGUGUGUCUUGGUUUGGGUAACAAAUUAGAACAUGAAGGUACUGAUAGAAGGGAUUUAAACAUACCUGGUCAUCAGAUUGAUAUUCUUAAAGAUUCUAUAUCACAUAGUCCUCAUAAUACCAAAAUUGUUCUUCUUAUAAUGAGUGCUGGACCACUGGAUAUUGAACAAUUUGAUAAAAACGACAAAGUCGCCGCCAUUAUACAAAUGUUUUACCCUGCUCAGGCUACCGGAGAAGCUUUGAGAAGAUUGAUUUCUCACGCACAUCCAGGAGAUGUUUUCUCUGGUCGGCUACCAAUGACCUGGAUGACAGAUCUGUCAAAGGUUCCACCUAUGACCGACUACUCGAUGAAAGAAAGAACAUACCGAUAUAUUACAUAUGACCCUCUGUAUCCAUUCGGUUACGGUUUGUCCUACACAACAUUUAAAUACUCCAACCUAAAACUUCAAAUCACCACCGUCCAAGCUGGAGGUCAUGUUAAAGGUUCAUACGAUAUACAAAAUACUGGACCACUUGAUGCUGACGAGGUUUCCCAAGUUUAUGUUAAAUUCGUCAAUCCAUCAGAACCAGCACCAAAUAUUCAGUUGGCCAGUUUCCACAGAACCCAUCUUCGCAAGGGAGAAAAGAAAACUGUUCAUUUCAUUAUUCAUGGUCAGAGUAUGUCUCUAUGGAAUGAUAACAAUGGUUGGAUAGUUGCUCCAGGUACUGUUAAUGUGUUUAUCGGAGGUCAACAACCAAAUCAACACCGUCAACUCAGCUCAAACAUUUUACAAACAUCUUAUAAAAUCAAUGGAAACCAUACAUUUGGAAGAGGAAAAUCGGCUAAAUGGUACCCAACAACGAGCUAA